AUGGCCCCUAUAAAAUCCAUCGAGUACUUCCGCGUCAAGCCGCGCUGGCUCUUCGUCAAAAUCACCGACGAAAAGGGCCGCUAUGGCUGGGGCGAGGGCACGCUGGAGGGCCACAGUCUCGCUGUUGAGGGUGCUCUCGACGAGAUGAUUACGCGAUUGAUUGGCUACGAUGCAGACGACAUCGAGCACAUCUGGCAAACAGUCUGGCGUCUGGGUUUCUACCGUGGUGGUCCCGUCUUCAUGUCCGCCCUCUCUGGCAUUGAUAUUGCGCUGUGGGAUUUGAAGGGGCGGAAUCUGGGCGUGCCUGUGUACCAGCUGCUGGGCGGUAAAGUGCGCAACAAGAUUCAGGUGUAUGCUUGGAUAGGAGGUGAUCGGCCUAGUGAUGUGGAAGUUGCUGCCAAAGCGCGCAUUGCUCAAGGACUGAAAUGCAUCAAAAUGAACGCCACCGAAGACGUGAACUGGGUCGACUCCCCUGCCGUGCUCGACAGCUGUGUUGAACGCCUCAAGACAGUGAAAGCACUCGGUCUCGACGCCGGGCUUGACUUCCACGGCCGUCUACACAAACCCAUGGCCAAACAACUGGCCAAAGCCCUCGAACCCCACCGCCCGCUCUUCAUCGAAGAGCCUCUACUCUGCGAACACCCCGAAGCCCUGAAACAGCUUUCGGGUCUGACUACUGUUCCAAUCGCAUUCGGCGAGCGCCUCUAUACCCGCUGGGACGUAAAGCGGUUCCUGGAAGACCACUCCGUCGACAUCCUACAACCGGAUAUUGCACAUGCAGGCGGCAUCAGCGAGACGCGGCGCAUUGCCAGUGUGGCGGAAGCAUACGACGUUGCCAUUGCGCCGCACUGUCCUCUAGGGCCCAUCGCGCUCGCGGCGUCCAUUCAGGUUGCGCUCAACACGCCCAAUUUCGUGAUCCAGGAGAUGUCUCUGGGCAUGCAUUACAACGUCGAGGCGGGCGAUAUUGAUCUCAACACGUAUCUCAAGGAUCAGACCGUUUUUAAUAUUGAGGACGGCUUCGUCAAGGCGCCUACUGGUGCGGGCUUGGGCAUUGAGAUUGACGAGGCGCUGGUCAGGAAGAUUGCGACGGAGACAGAGCCAUGGCAGUGCAAGGAGUUUUAUGGCCCGGAUGGGUCGAUUCGCGAGUGGUGA